AAUGUCAACCCUAUCCGAUGUUGAAGUCAAAAUAUUUUUAGAGGAAGUCCUUUUCAUUGAAGACGCGGAAACAAAAUUCACACACAACAAAGAGAAACUACUCAGAGAAAUACUUUACCAAUUUCUGCACGUUGAGCCAUUUCAAAACAUAGUUUGCUUAGGUACUAAGCCAGAAGACCGUCACCUACCACCUUUCGAUGAAAUUAAAGAGAAUUUAUUCAGAAAGAGAGGUGGCCGUUCUUAUGUGGCUAAUCAAUUCAUGAAAAUACUUCUGGAAAAGAUUGGUUAUGAUGUCUACCACACCGCGAGCUCAGUAUUAAAGGCUAAAAAUAAUCAUGUGUGUACGUUGGUACGUGAUCUCAAUCAAGUGGGUGAUUUACAUAUGGCAGAUGUCGGUAUAGGAUACCCAACAUGGGACCCAAUACCGUUGAAUUUUGAGGUUGAAUCCCCCGUUUAUCAUGUUGGAUUUCUCUAUUUCAAGUUUCAGCGUAAUGGUGAUAUAAUAACUCGAUUGCAUAAACACGAUAAGAGAACGUGGCAUGAAUUUAUGGUUAUGCAGACCACUCCCUGUGAGUUAACCGACAUGCAGCCAGUAAUGACGGCUAUGUACACAGUUCUAGGUGCUUAUAACAGCCCAUAUCUGAAGUCUCUAACAUGCGUCAUAUUCAAGAACGAUAAACUUGUUGCGUUUAAAGAUUCCACUUUCCUGUACGAAAACGAUGAUCACCAGUUACAAGUUGAGCAGAUAACAACGCGUAAAAAACGUGUUUCUAAAAUAUUAAUUCAUUUUCCACAGUUCACAUGUAACAUGGUAGAAGCUGCUCUGGAUGCGA